UUACUGCCACCUGAUUGUAGGGUGUGUGCGCUGUUGACACAAAAGGAACUGCAAUCUCUUGGUCAUCUGUGCUAUGUCGUAGUAUGCUUAAAUUUAUUAAUAGCCUUCUACACUAUCUAACAUUUGAGGUUCUUGAACCCAACUGGCAUGUGAUGCAUAACAGACUACAAACUGCAAAGAGCAUAGAUGAUGUUAUUGAAUACCAUAAUUUUU